GUAAAUCAAUACUUUUUAUUAAUGUCGUACCUCUAAUCUGUAUAUCGGUUGUUGAAAAUUCAAAUUCAAAAUGUUUAUCGUUUUUACAACGAUUUAUAAAUUAUAACACGAAUAAUGUAAAGUCUUAAGGAAGUCUUAGUGUUAUUCGCUUGUAAUUUUAACCGAUCAUUAAGGUAUAAAGUAAAUUAAAAAAGAACGGGCAAAACAAUUUAAAUAGUUUAAAAGUUGCUUACUAUGAAUUCAAAUGGGCACCCUCAUCACCUCUAAUCAUCUUGGUGUGGGAACUUUGUAACUUCGGUUUCCUGGAAAUUUAGAUAGCAAUUACCGUGAAAACGAAAAUAAAAUUAUCAAAAAAAAGUGAAAUGAAAUUUGGGCAAACCCUAAACAACUAUUUAUAUAUUCGAUCUUAUUCAUCAUCUUCUUCAUUUCUUGAAGCUCUCUUUCUUCUUUUGUUCAAACUUUCUGUCGCCCCUAUUGCCCCGUUUUCUUGUAGUGAUCUUCAAAGCUUUACGAACCCGUGGGAGUAAAGAACUUGAUCUAACACAGAACUAUACCUAGCUCGGUACAUGAAGAUGGACACUUAUGUUCAGAAUCUUCGAUAUGAUUGCAAGGCAUCUGGAAGUUUAAAACUGAAAUUUUCAACCGAAGUCCAUUCUCCGGUGUACACCGGACAAAUGAUCAUCGGAAAAGCCGGUGGUGAUGGUGGAAAUACAUCUAUUAAAGUCAUGCUGGUUGACAAUAAGACACAAAAAAUGAUCACAACCGGGCCGCUAGCCUCGGCAAAGAUGAAGAUAGUGCUUCUCCCUGGAGAUUAUUGUGGCUCCACCACAAGAGAGUUUGAAGAUAAGAGUGUGGUUCACUGGAAAAAAAAGAAAAACAUUCUUCAAGGUGGUCCCUAUUUUGACCUUAAACAUGGGUGUGGGACGAUUGUUGGACUUAAAUUGAAACAUGAUAGACAUCCUAUUAGCAAUGUUAAAUUUCGGUUAGGUGCAAUGGUGGUUGAUUGUCCCUAUGAGGUUGAAGAAGCUAUAACCGAUCCAUUUGAAGUUAAGGAUCUCCGUAAUUUACCUAAGACGAUAAGAAAGUUGUCACUAGACGAUAAUGUGGGGCGCUUGAAGAACAUAUCGAAUAAGGGGGCUGGCAUGAUCCGCAUGCGUCUCAUGCGUGAAAACAUUUGCACCGUGAGAGAGUUUCUCGAAAUGUACUCUUCAAACCCUAGGGAACUCCAAAAGAUAUGUGAUAUGAAAGGAAAAAGGUGGGAGAUGACUGUGAAUCAUGCAAAAACAAGCCUCAAAGGAAACAUGCGCAUUGACUCCACCUCUCAUCAAUCAAACACUUUGGUAUGCGAUGGUUGCUUUGAGUUUGACGACAAUUGUUAUAGGCCGCAACCAUGUGAAAACGAGCAUUUCAUGAGUAUAUCAAUGAUAAUAGAUCCAAGUUUGACGAUAGAUCCGAGUUUGUCGACCAACGAUUUUGAAGUAUGGGAUCCGAGCUGUGAUGUGUUCGAGCCAGGUCAAGCCAGUCAAGAAGCCGCAUUGAAUGGUGCAUGGGCUUUGGGUGGCAACAUUGCGGAAGGGAAUGGGGUUAAGGCUAAAAAGAGAUGGAUGAAACUGCGUAUUAUUGUGACUUUCACUCGUAAGGUUGGGUAAGGUGUGGGUGUGGUGUGACCCCAGCUAGUCGGCUAAAUAUUUGGUUAGUUGGUUCGGCAAAAUAUAUGGUUGGGUGUGGGUGUGGGUGAUACAUGUACGAUAAAUAAUAACUUUAGAAAUAUGUUUGAACUUGUUGUUUCAUAUUG